AUGGACCCCCAGCUCUGCCUACUGCUGCUCACACGCUGUGUUGGCCGCCGUGCCUCCUUCCUCGUAAGAACCACCCCGCUAGAGGCCCUGCCAGCCGAUGAAUGCCAGGGUCGGGAUCGGGUGCGGAUGGGGAACGCUCAGGCGAAUCCCAAGCGCGGGGGUAGGGAUAACGGGGAGGGGGGAACCGGAAGGCUGCCUGCGGGACGGUCGGCAAGAGCGGAUGCUGUCGUCGGGGACGCAGCUCAGGAGGUAGCGACGGUGGAGCAGGGUCUUGUACGGGGGGCGGGGAAUGAGCCACGGGAAGGGAUGCCGGCGCAAGGGGAACCGGCUCGAGUGGCGUGGACACGGGCGGCGGCGGCUACGGCGGCGCUUGGAUCCCCUCCGUUGCCAGGUGCGGCGGUGGUGGUGGUUGAGAAAUUGGCGCGGACGCCAACGACUGGGCCAACGGCUGCGGCGCCAGCUCUGAGGCCGAGGACGGCUGCUGCUGCGACGUCGAAGACUGUGACAUCGGUGGCGGAAGCUGCAGGGGCUGGGACUGCGCUACCAGGGGCGGAGCUGACGGACCAAGCGGGCGGUACGCCUGAGGCCCGUGUGUGCGCUGUGGACGAGGCGGCCGACGACGGCGAAAGUUCUGCCCGCGAGGUCGCAGUUGGGGAGGGGCCCGGCCACGGGAGAACCGGAACAUCCGCUGGCGGGGGGCCGGUGAGGGAGGAGGAGGCUGCGAAACACCGCCACCUACUCCGGCCGCAACCACAUCCGCGGCGGCUCGGAGCAGGGCUGGGACCUGCCCGCCCUGGGCCCCUGGCGGGGUGGGAGCAGCAAGAGGACUCGCCGGACGCUCCGGCGCCUGGUGUGGGCGUCGCUUGCCCGUCAUCGAACGAGUACGAGGGUGCGGCGGAAGGGACACAAGAGGCGGAGGCUGUUACUGCGGUGGGGGCGGACCACGAGGAUGUGCUGGAAAGGCACGGCGACACGGCAGAACGCAGGCGACGGACUAGCACAAGCCGUCAAAGGGUGCUCCAGGACCAGGCCGACGAACGGGCGGCAGGCCUGCAGCCGCAAAACGCUGCGCCAAGAGCGGCGGGGAGGGCCGAGGGAGGGGGCGGAACGGGGGGAGAGGCCCCCGAGAUCUGGCGGGAGCAGUGGCGAGGGAGAAGGCCAGAUCUGGAAACUGGCGGGAAAGGCACGGGAGGCCAGAGGAGCAGGCUGAGGAACCAAUGA